CCUGACCUCCUGUUCUGGGGGAGUACGCCUCAUGGUUGCUUCAGGGGAACUUUUCUGGCUUUGUUAUUUUUUUUCUUUGUCGCUGUCAUUUUCCUCUUUUGUCUCCUCUGUUACCUCAUUGUUCUAACGCAAGCCCAAGUACUACUCCGGAGAGGUGUCCAGACAGAGGUGGAGCCGGGAAAUCAAGUGCUAACCCGGAAGAAGUGAUCCAGGAAGUGAAAGUGGUUCCGUGCCUCUCCGGCUGUACUGUAGCGAGUUAGAGAAGGUUCGGCCUGAGUAAGGAAAGCUGACUUCUUUUUCAUUUGCCGUUCAAGCUGCCACCCUGGUGCUGGAGCUCAGAGGGAGCAAGUCUGAGUAGAUGCUGAGAUGAAUCGUCACCUCUGUGUUUGGCUUUUUAGACAUCUGUCCCUUUAUGGUCACUGCCAAUACCAUAUCCACCCCCUUUUUCAUCAGUCUACACGGAUACAUCUUGAUACACAGCUGUGGGGUUUUAGACAAAACUGGAAUCACAUUCUCCACCUGUUAAAUAAGAAUUGCUCCAGGAGAUAUUGUCAUCAAGACACCAGGAUGCUCUGGAAGCAUAAAGCACUACAGAAAUAUAUGGAGGACCUGAAUAAAGAGUACCAAGCACUUGACCAGUGUUUGCAGCAUAUCUCUGUGAAUCAAGGGGACCAAAGGUCCUUGAAUCAAAGACAUAAUGAGUUGGCCUCACUUGCAACCAUUUACCAAGAGAUUCAGAAGGCUGAACAAGCAAUUGAAGAAUUAGAAUCAAUGUGUAAAAGUUUAAAUAAACAAGAUGAAAAGCAGUUACAAGAACUUGCAUUGGAAGAGAGGGAAACCAUUGCUCAAAAAAUCAACGUGUUAUACAGUGAGCUUGUCCAGAAUCUAGUGCCAAAGGAGAAAUAUGACAAAAAUGAUGUUAUUUUAGAGGUGACAUCUGGAAGAACUACUGGAGGUGAUAUUUGUCAACAAUUUACCCGUGAAAUAUUUGACAUGUACCAGAAUUACUCAGGGUAUAAACACUGGACAUUUGAACUUCUGAAUUAUACACCUGCUGAUUAUGGUGGGCUACAUCAUGCAGCUGCCCGAAUUUCUGGUGACAAUGUCUAUAAGCAUUUGAAGUAUGAAGGUGGAAUUCACCGAGUUCAGCGAAUUCCUGAGGUGGGCCUGUCGUCAAGGAUGCAGCGUAUUCACACAGGAACAAUGUCAGUUAUUGUCCUCCCUCAACCAGAUGAGGUAGAUGUGAAAGUGGACCCCAAGGAUUUGCGAAUAGAUACAUUUCGGGCCAAAGGAGCAGGAGGCCAGCAUGUUAAUACAACUGAUAGUGCUGUCAGACUUGUCCAUAUCCCCACAGAGAAGCUCAUAUUUAAGUUGUUUCCUGAGAAAAGAUGCAUGAGAUGGCUUGUAGUAGAAUGCCAACAAGAACGAUCACAGAUAAAAAAUAAAGAAAUAGCUCUGCGUGUGUUGAGAGCUAGACUCUACCAGCAGAUUAUUGAAAAAGACAAGUGUCAACAACAAAGUGCUAGAAAACUGCAGGUGGGAACAAGAGCCCAGUCAGAGAGAAUUCGGACAUAUAAUUUCACCCAGGAUAGAGUCACUGACCACAGGAUAGCAUAUGAAGUUCGUGAUAUUAAGAAGUUUUUAUGUGGGGAGAAGAACCUGGAUCAGCUAAUUCAGAGACUGCUUCAAUCGUCAAACGAAGAAGCCAUUAUUGAAGUUUUGGAUAAAAACCUUAAAUCAACAAAAUGCUGAUUUAUUAUUACAUACAUGAAAUGGACCUAUGGCAAGAAACUGACUGAGGCAUGGAAAUCUUUGAGAAUGUUCCUAAAGAAGAUUUUAGCUGUUCCUAAAGAACAGCUAAAAAUACACAAUACUCACAAGUGUAAUUUUUAACGAAUUGAGUCAUAUUUUUUGACCCAAGAGUUUAUUUUAGGUUUUUGUAAAGUAAAAUCCAACUCUUCAAGUAGAACAGACAAACACACAUAAUUGAAAAGAGAAAUAAGGUCUUCAGAAUUAGGUGAUUUGGGACAGGUCACAUGUUCACUUUAUAGGCCCUUUUUUAAAACCAUCUAUAAAUUUAAACACAUUUUUCAUCUAUUACUUCAAGACUUCAUAAUAUGGGAAAAUUCAGUGAUGAAAGAACUAUGAACUUCUUUGUAAGCCCCUACUUAAAGACAAAGUAUUGUUAGUCCUGUUACAGCCAGGGCUUAACUUGCUACUUCUCAAUAAAAAAAUAAAGUUGUGAAGAAUGUGAGUCAAUAACCAUGAGUAUCUCUAGGAUACAGAUCAUAAAGCUCUUUGAGAGCUGAAUGAAUUCUGUGGUGUACAAACUACAAGCCAAAAUCAAAGCAGACUCUUUGCUUGGCUUCUGUUUCUUAUUCUUUGGCUUAAUGAGUUUCAACAGAUGUGUAAAUUGAGUAAUUUACUGCUAUCAGUUUUGUGCACUGAUAUAUAAAACCUAGUCCUUACCUCACAGAGAUUCCAGUUGAGUGAGGAAGCCAAAAUAUAAUCAUCAACUCUAAUACAAAGUGGCAUGGUGUACAGUAGUCCAUGUUGUCCGAGGAGAAGUAUAUCCAAGGCCCCAGUGAGUGCCUGAAACCAUUGACAGUACCAAAUACCUAUACAGCAGAUCCUCAAAUAAUGUCAUUUUGGUAUGUUGGUGGAGAAAAAAAAAAUUGAUUCCUGGCCAAGAAUACUGUCUGUGUGGAGUUUGCACAUUCUCCCCAAGACUAUAGGUUUUCUCUGGGUGCUCUGAUUUCCUCACACAUCCCAGAGGUGUUCAUGUGAGAUGAAUUGGCAUCUAAAUUGUCCUAGUCUGAGUUGGUGUGAGUGUGCCCUGCAAUGGAAAGGUUUCCUGUAGGGGGUGGAUGCCCACCUUUCACCCUGUGCUACUGGGAUAGGCUCUGACCUCCUGUGACCCUGAACUGGAAUAAGCAGGCUGGAAAAUCAUGAUCUCACUGUCACAUUAGCCCAUGAUUAAAUGGUUUUGUCAUAAGUUGUUUUAAUUUGAAGUUUUUAAGAAGCUAUUGAUGUUAAGUGAGGACUUACUGUAUAUAACAGUAUAUUGUAAUGAAAGUUAUGUGAAUGUGGUCUCUCAAAAGAUCUUAUGGUACUGAACUCACCAUUCUUGUAAUGAUGUGAGAUCAUACAAUGUCUGUAUGAUGAGAUGAAGUGAGGUGACUAACAGGCAUUGUGGUGUAGCAUUAGGCUUCUAUAAGGGCUACUUGAACAUAAAACAAUACCUGACAGUUUAUCUGGUAACCUUGAUGGCUAGGCUAAGUGAGGUAUAAUUUACACUAAAUUAAAUGCACACAUCUUCAGAGAUAGUUCAUUGAAUUUGGCAAUUACAUAUACCUGUAACUAUCAGCCCAAUCAAGAAGAGGACAUUUCCAUUACCCCUGAAAGUUUGCUUGUGUUCCUUUCUAAUCAAUCCAGAAAUCCACCAACUCCCACUCCUCCAACAGUGGCAUACUCUGUUAAGAUUUUUGUUCAGUAUAGCUUAUUUUCACUCUUCUAAAACUUCAUGUAGAUGGUCAUACAGUAUCUACUCUUGUAUAUCUGGCUUCUUUUGGUCAACAUUUUUGAAAUUCGUUUACAUUAUUGUGUGCAUCAAAGUUUCUUUUUAAUUUUUGAGUAGUAUUACAUGGUGUGAAUAUAACACAACUAAUUUUUAUCAUUGAUAUACAUAUGGAUUAUUUCCUGUUUGGGGCUAUUAUGAGUAAAGCUACUAUGAAAA